GAACGUAAGAUGUCGUCAGGACACCGAGAGCGGCAUUCGAUGCGCUUUGAACCUGAUAGCCUCCACCUUCAGCAUUCCGCCGGGAGGGAGAGGAGGAGAAAAAGUGCCGAAGUGGGAACUUGAGAAGCAGGUUCACCUGACGAGGAGAAGAGUAGCAACACAAUUCUGGUCCGCUUUUGAAACAAAGAGCGCGACGGAGGGGACGUAGACUUGACCACGACACGGGCUCGCUUUGUAGUUGGUGCGGGCGUGCGUGCGUGCGUGUGUGUGUGAGAGAGCGAGAGCGCGAGAGCGCGCGCGCGUGUGUGUAUUCUACUCCCAACAAAAGACCGCAUAGCAUCUAUUAGCUUUAUUUUAACUUUCAGUAUGGGUGUCGGAUUCCCGAAGCCUAUAAAGGAACUCGGAGCACCUUGUUUACCAGACAGAUACUGUUGCUUCACCUGUAGCUACACGCUGAAGUGAAGUGCCAAUGUGAGUGGAGUUUGUUGAGUUAAUGGCCCGGGCACAGCGCUUUUUAACACCAUGCCCAGAUCCCUAACACAGUGGAUGAUUAAAGUGCUGCUCUGUUUCGCCAUCGUUUAUUUGCGACUCGGGGCCCUUUCCUCUGUGGUGGCCCUGGGUGCCAACAUCAUCUGCAAUAAGAUUCCAGGCCUGGCUCCUCGCCAGCGGGCCAUCUGCCAAAGUCGUCCCGACGCCAUCAUUGUAAUAGGCGAGGGGGCUCAGCUGGGCAUAAAUGAGUGUCAGUACCAGUUCCGCUACGGCCGUUGGAAUUGCUCGGCCCUGGGAGAGCGCACUGUCUUUGGCCAGGAACUCCGAGUAGGCAGCAAGGAGGCUGCAUUCACCUAUGCCAUCACAGCUGCCGGAGUGGCCCAUGCAGUGACAGCGGCAUGCAGCCAAGGCAACAUGAGCCAUUGUGGCUGCGAUCGGGAGAAACAGGGCUACUACAACCAAGAGGAGGGCUGGAAGUGGGGAGGAUGUUCCGCUGACAUCAAACACGGCAUCGAGUUCUCCCGGAGGUUCGUGGAUGCUCGGGAGAUUAAAAAAACCGCUCGCCGACUGAUGAACCUGCACAACAACGAAGCAGGGAGAAAGGUGCUGGAAGAGCGGAUGAAGCUGGAGUGUAAAUGCCAUGGCGUGUCAGGCUCUUGCACCACUAAGACAUGCUGGACCACGCUUCCGAAGUUUAGAGAAAUAGGCUACGUGCUAAAGGACAAGUACAAUAAAGCAGUCCAUGUGGAGGUAGUUCCAGCCAAUAGACUACGCCAGCCCACCUUCCUCAAGGUGAAAAAAGUCCAUGGCUAUCAAAAACCCGAGGAGACGGAUCUGGUCUACAUAGAGCGUUCACCUAACUACUGUGAGGAGGACGCUAAGACCGGUAGCGUGGGGACGCAGGGUCGUUUAUGUAACAGAACGUCGGCGCAUACAGACGGCUGCGACCUCAUGUGCUGCGGCCGAGGGUACAACACUCACCAGUACACCAAGGUGUGGCAGUGUAACUGCAAGUUUCAGUGGUGCUGCUUUGUCAAAUGCAACACCUGCAGCGAGAGGACGGAGGUGUUCACCUGCAAAUAAGCAAGUGUGUAUCGAGGACAGGAACAUGUAGGAACAGUUUGGCUGGAAGACUUGCUGAAUAAGACAGAUAAUAUUUUUUAAAUAUAUAUAUAUAUAUAUAUAUAUAUAUAUAUAUAUAUAUA